AUGUUAAACGGGACCACGGAAAAAGGGGGGCUAUCCCUCCAAUCGUCGCCAGUCAAAGUGUCUCCUUCACCAGUUAGGGCUUCUUCAAGUCCCGUGAGGGCGCCAUCAUCGCCCUUAAAGUCGUCACUGUCUCCUGCGGGAAAGCAGAAGUCACCGCGGCGAUGCCAGUUCGCAGCCCCAGCUGAAGAUGCGAGGGAUAAGUGCGGGACUUCAUGGUUAUGUCGAAGAGGUGCUGGAGCAGAAAUUGGAGACGAUUCUGGGAAUGAAUCACCUGGUCCGAGCGCACCUGUGCCUCAGGCAUGUGAAGAAUCAGCACCGCCACCCAAGAACUGCUUCAGACUGGUAAUGUUAGGGUCAGCUCGCGUUGGCAAGACGUCCCUAGUGGCGAGAUUUCUCGGAACAAGGUUUGAAGACAGCUACACGCCUACGAUAGAAGACUUCCAUCGAAAGCUUUACCGUAUCCGAGGCGAAGUGUACCAACUGGACCUGUUGGAUACAUCUGGAAACCAUCCAUUCCCAGCUAUGAGACGACUAUCGUUCUUGACAGGUGAUCUAUUCGUGCUAGUAUUCGCAAUGGACUGUCGUGAAUCUUUCGAAGAGGUGAUUCGACUUCGCGAGCAAAUCCUGGAGACUAAGGCUAGUGCGAGCAGCGGAAGCAGCCGGGGUCGGAAACAAGCCCCCAGGGUGCCAAUGGCAAUUGCUGGAAAUAAAUGCGACAGAGAACUAAAGACUGUACAGCCAGAGGAGGCAACCGCUUACUGCGCGACGCAAGACUCCGCCUGCGUGUUCGUCGAAACAUCGGCUAAAAGAAAUUUUCACGUCGACGAUCUUUUCUAUGAUCUUUUCGUAGUCGCUAAUCUACCAUUAGAAAUGGCACCUAACCAUCACAAGCGUGUCAGUACGGCCUUCGGUAGUCCCUGUACCCUACCCCCAACGAGCAGUCAAAGUAGUAGAAGUAAGAAAUGCACCUUAUCGAUAAAGCGGCGUUUAUCAGACGCCUGUGGAGUCGUCGCACCAAACGUCCGGAGACCUAGCAUUCGCACUGACCUUAUGAUUAUGAGAACGAAAACUUGUGCCAAAGGCGAUGGAGAUAGCGGCAGUGGAAGUCCGAAGCUCAACUUAAAUAGGUUAGUACGAUCGAGCACGCAAAACGAUAAACGUUCAUGCGCGAUACAGUGA